CGCAGUUCGUCUGGUUAACGAUCCUUGCUACUACAUUAUACAUUUGUUUUUAUAUCGAUUGUUUCUAUGAAUUAUGGCUCCUACAAAUCUGUCUCAUAGGCAAACGCACAAUUUGCUGCUCAUUUCGAAGCUUUUGAGCCUGAGAGACACUGCAUCACCGUUUACUCUGCUUCUGGAUUCUUUGGAGCAGCCGGCUACUCCAUUGAUUGAGGAGUAUAUUAGACGUGCGAAGCUCUCAAAGGUUCACGUCACCCUUAUCGCAUUCGAAACAUUGAAACGCCCCGAUAGUGUCGAUGUCCUCGUCCCAGCUCGCCGAAAAAGCCCGCAACAGAUCGCGAAAGAAGUCAGCGCAGCAUAUCAAGUAGCGUCAUCGACCAGUCUUUUACGCCGUCGACUCAUACUCAUCGACUCACUCAACCCACUGAUCAAUUCCAAAACCGUCGAUUCUCAAUUCAACUUACCAGCCUUUUUGAGUUCCUUUCUCAUUCCUACAAGCCCCUCCUCACCAAAGGUCGAAACCUCGCUCGUCGCUACCUAUCAUCAAGAUGUCUCUAUUUCCUCAAAUCAACAACUCUACGCGCCAUCGCCGCUUUCUUUACUAUCGUAUCUUGCGACGACUGUGAUAAAACUUCAUUCGUUCUCGCAUAUUCUCGCGCAAAAGGCCGCUCGGGAUCGCAGUCUUGCGGCUCCAGUUUUUGGGCUCGAAGAAGAACAAGAUGGUGUGCUACUUGGGAGAUUGGAUAAACUCGUUGGUAAUGAGAAUGCAGAGGGAAUCGUCCUGGAGAUGGAACACCGGCGUAAGAGUGGACGUGGUGUGUUGGAGUGGUACAUUCUGCCACCUGCGUCACGGUAUCCGCCGAACCAAACGAAGGAGAUCGUGACGUUACUUGAUGAUCACCCGCUUUAUUGUCCGCCUGAGGAGCCGGACACUGGUGCUGGAGAUGAGGAGCCGGAGUCGACAUUUAACCUGCGGCUCACCGACAGACAGAGGCGCGAAAGAGAGGGAGUCGUGUUGCCAUACUUUGAUGCGCAGAGUGGUGAGGGGCCUGGUGAAGGAGGGCGAAUUCUAUAUGAUAUGGGAGAGGAAGAUGACUUUGAUGAGGAAGAGGACGAGAUCUAAGCUCAUCAGACUCAGUUUGCAUCGCAAUUACUGAAAACGAAUAUCUAUCGAAACGCAUUUUAUGCUAAUUUGACUGAUUCAUGAAGUGGCCAUGUCCUGCAUCCACCGAGCAAAUUAAGUAUGUGUACAGUAUACAUGCGGGUAUACGAAGAGAGAACUGUCGUGAACAAACUAGAAGAAGCGCCACAAAAGCAAGAUGAAUAUGAUCAAUCCGACACCGGCAAACGGCCCGUACUAUGACCUGUCAGCAUUUGACCCUCGUCAUUGAAAAACCACAAUAAACUCACCUGUUUCAACAACAACUCCCAGUUAAUGCGCACUGCAGCCUUCUUGUACUUUUUGCUGUCCUCCCGCAAGCGCCCAGACAAUUCGCC